AUGGUUGCCCGCGCCACGGCAACGUUCCUCCCCGUCCUCUCCCUGCUCCUGCUCCGUGCCGGCGCGGACGACGACUCGGCGUUUGUGUACGCCGGGUGCUCGCAGGGGCGCUACGACGCCGGGACGCAGUACGAGUCGGGCGUGGACUCCGUGCUCACAUCCCUCGCCAACAGCGCGCCCUACGCCCCCUACGCCAACAUCACUUCCCCCUCGGCUUUACCCCCCGUGGCCGGCCUCUACCAGUGCCGGUCCGACCUCCCGGCCUCCGUCUGCACCGGAUGCGUGCGCUCCGCCAUCUCCAGGCUCUCCUCCCUCUGCUCCUGGAUCGGGAGCCUUCUCACCUUCAAGCUGGUGAGCCCCGCCAACUUGAGGGCCCUCCUCUUCAAUGACUAG